UUAAUCGUCAUUCAUCAAGACUAGACACAACCCUUCGUUGAUAGCCACUAAUUCUUCUUCCUAUUGAACCCUCAAAUCUUGCUUCUUUUUUUUUUUUAAUUUUUAAACUAUUUUUUAGGGCAUUUUUGAGUUGGUUUUUAAAAUAUCUAUAUAUUUUUUCCUUCUGAUAUUUUGAAAAAUUUUCUUUCGUUUCCUGUGAAUGAUUUUUGGUUAAAGUAAUUGUUAAUUAUUUAUGUGACUUUCAAUGUUAGGGGUUCGUUUUAUUUUUAAGAAUUUUUUUUCCUCUUUGAUGGUUGAGUUGUUUUUUUUUUUUUUUAAACUUGAUCGUGUCAACACGGAGCGUUGACUUUUUUCUGGAAUGGUAUAUUUCCGCUUUACAGCUGAAUUUAAUUCAUAAUCUCGAAUUCAGGAACUGGGGUUUGUGAAUUCUUUAUUAUCUGUCAUCUGGGGAAAUUGGGUUUUCUGAAAAAUCAAUAUCGUUCUUGUGUUUUUAGUCUGUUAAUGAUUUCUGAAUGUGUUUUCUUUGAAACUGAACGAUAGAUUUUGGCCUUAUGUACUGAGGGUUGCUAUAAAAAUUCAAAAUUUAGGGGUAGGAUUUGUGAGCUCAUGGGUUGUAGGUGACCCGGUAAAUGGAAUUUCUGUGUAAUCCCUGUAUUUGUUACAGAUAAUUAACCACUAAAUCCGUCGAUUGAUUGAGAGAUUGAGUUUCUGAGUCUUUUGUUUGAUAAAGCGUGUGUGAUUGUCUAUGGAGACGGUACUUGUUGAUGUCAAGGAUGUUAAUGGGUGCAAAAAAAUGCCUAUAGAUAUGCUAGACUCCGAAAAGUUUGAGAAUCAUAGUGAUGAUGGAGAGGGGAGUGAAUCAGAUUCUUUGUUGCCUCCCAGGAGAGAUGGCAUGUCAAGGAAAUGUGAAAAAACACGACGGAAAGUGCAGUGGAAUGAUAGGAAGGGGAAUAAGCUUGUGGAGGUAUUAGAAUUUGAACCAAGUGAAGCAAGUGACUCUGAAGAUGAGGAUUCAGAUUCUUGUAUCUGUAACAUAAUGUAGAUACCAUUUAGUGAACUAAAUUCCAUGAUUGAUAGAUGAAUUAAUGAGGUUUUUCUCUGCAAAACCUGAUUUUGAUGCAAAUUGGCCUUUUCCUACACUACUUGUCAUGAGGAUGGACCAAUGGUCUGGAAGACAAGCAAGUCAUUCUCUGAUUUUCUUGUGUUUAUUUACAUCUUGGAGUCAUUCAAAUACCUUAAGCGGGUUUCUGGAACUGUCUCACAAGCAGCUGCAAACUACUUGUAUCUCAUCUAGGAUUGAAGCAGAUAAUCGUGAUAUUAGAAAACAUGUUUCGAUGAAAGGUUAUAUAUGUAGUUUUUAUGUUUUUCCACAUAUAUUGAUGUGUGUGGAUUCAAACACUGAAGAGAUAUGUUUAGCGUGUAAACAAAGUGGUAAGCUCUUAAAUUCUGUUCACUUCCUUUUCCUUA